UAUUCCUACUAUUGCUGGUGGAAGUUUUUGCACUUGGAGAGUUCCCUUCCUGACUCGGCUCUUCCCUUUGCAAAAUGAAGGGCUGCAUCUGGGUAUUGGUGGCAACGUUACUGUGCCAGCAGCUUUGCCUCUUCCGAGUGAUGGCAGCAAAGAGAGAGAGGAAGAUGAAGAAAGAACCUAAUCAGUACACAGAGCCUUUCAAUAUUACUCUGUCAAACAGUGAGGAACUGCAUGGGCAUCCCAAGAUUUUAGAGUCUCCAGAUCCUCGAAUCACAGAUCCACGGCGUACCUGGAUCUCCUUUGUUCACCGCCCGGAUGAUGGCAACACCUCCAAAAGGAGAUGUAAAGGGAAAGACAAGAAAUUACGUGGCCUUGUUGGGCCGCCGGGACCUCCUGGCCCCCAAGGACCUCCUGGAGCACCCGGUGCUGAGGUCACCCGGGAAGUCCUUCUGCAGGAGUUUAAGGACAUAUUAAAAGAAGCCAUCGAGCGUCGGGCAUCCCUGGCCAUCUCAGCCCAUCCCAGCCAGCUACCUCCACUCCUGCUCUCCUUGGAGGAGGUUUCACCCCACAGGCGUGUAGAGGAGGCCUUCCAUUGCAAGCUCAAAGGCCAGGUCGUUGUGGAUAAGAAGACCUUGGUGGAACUUCAGAACUUCCAGUCGCCUCUGGCUAAAGGAGCUUUUCUUCGGGGGACAGGCUUAAAUUUGGCAACAGGACGUUUCACAGCACCUGUGUCUGGAAUCUACCAGUUUUCAGCCAACAUCCACAUUGACCACAGUGAGUUGAAGAGUAAAAUCCAGCUCCGAGCCAGAGACAACAUCCGAGUGUUGAUCUGCAUUGAAUCCCUCUGCCACCGAUACACGUCCUUGGAAGUCAUUGCUGGUCUGGAAAGUAACAGCAAAAUCUUCACUGUCUACGUGCAUGGCUUACUGCAGCUGCAGGCUGGUCAAUACACCUCCAUAUUUGUGGACAACGGCGCAGGAGCUCCUGUCACCAUCCAGAAUGGAUCAGAUUUCAUGGGCAUGUUAAUGGGUGUGUAACAUCAACAUCUGCAGCAGUGUAGCAGGGAAGAAUACGAAUUAGAGCCUUGCAGUAUAUAUUUGACUGAAGAAAUGUUUACUUUGACCCUCGAGGACUGCUUCCUGUAACUUGUUGGCAUCUUUCUAAACACAGUGAAGAGCCUUUUCUUUUGCAGACACUUCAGCUUGCUUUCAUGGGUGUUCAAGGUGCACACCAGUUCUUCAUAAAACCAUGCUUUUAUGAAUCAGAAACAAACUCUAUACUAUUCAACUUGCUUCACCAGAUGCUCACUGAACAAUACACUGAAGUUUGGAAUUUGUUUAAUGUGGUCACAAUAACACUUGUAAUUAGCAUGUCUUUGGCAUUGAUUUUUGCGAUAUUUGAGUUUGUAAAUGAAGGAUUCGGAUGAGAAGUAAAGUAGAGGCUAUAUUCUGUGUGUUGUGGAGGAAGAAGACAAGGAUUUGCCAGCAAAACUGUUUUUCAUACAGCUGGAAAAGG